AUGUGGGUAUGUGUAUCAAACAAGUUUGAUGUCUAUAGGAUCUUAAAAGAAAUUAUAGAGUCCAUUACGGGUGUUUCAUGUGGAGACCCAUCAAAUGUCGAUGUGCCGGCAAGACAAGUUAAGAAGAAACUAAUUGGAAGGAAAUACCUGCUAGUACCGGAUGAUCUAUGGAACGAAGACUCUGAAGAUUGGGAAAAAGUAAAGAGAGUCCUUGUCUACGGUGGUGAAGGCAGCAAAUUAUUAGUCACAACACGCAGCCAAAGAGUUGCAUCUUCUAUUGGGGGUAAGGUGCAUAAUUUACAAAAAUUAACAGAUGAUAUUUGUUGGUCUAUUAUGCACAAAAAAGUUUCAUUUCUAGGCGCAGUGGUACUCACUCAAAACAUGACAAGUAUUGGGCGGGACAUAGCGAAGAAAUGCGAUGGCUUACCACUUGGGGCAAACUUUCUUGGAAGUUUAUUACACUUGAAAAGAGAAGAAAGCUACUGGGUUUCAAUCAAUAACGAUAAGGAUUUGUGGGUUCAACCAGAAGUUAAAAGAGUCAUAUCAAUCUUAAAAUUGAGCUACGAUAACUUAUCUUCGCCUUUGAAACAAUGUUUUCCGUACUGUUGUUUAUUUCCCAAAGCCUGGAAAAUUGAAAGAGAGAUAUUGAUUCAUAUGUGGAUGGCAGAGGGAUUCCUUCAGCCCAAUGAGGAUACAGAGAAGGAUGAACUUGGUGUCAUCCUCCGGUGUAAGAUGCACGAUCUUGUGCAUGAUCUUGCAAUGACUGUUGUGGAUCGCAAUGAAUUUGGGAUUGGGAAAGAAGAGUUUUCACAAACGUUGAUAUUGCGUAGUUGCUCAAAGGUUUCCAGGUUUCUUGGUGAUAUUGGUCGCUUAAGAAAUUUGAGGCAUCUCGAUAUCUCAAAAUCAGAUAUUAAAGUUCUGCCUGAUGAUUCUAUCAUUGACCUAACUUUGCAGAAAUUGGAUCUCCAUGAGUGCAGGGAAUUUGAAGCCUUACCCGAAAAUAUUGGAAUGUUAAAACAUCUAAGUUACCUUGACCUUUCAGGUUCGGCAAUUACAAAGGUACCUGAUUCCAUCAUUUACAUUGGCAAUUUAGUGACGUUUUUUAGGAAUUGUGGCAACUUAAAUGCCUUGCCUAAAGAACUAGGAGCUUUGACAGGAUUAAGGUGCCUUGAUCUGUCAUAUACUGAUAUCAAAGUAAUGCCUGAAUCUUGUGGGAGAAAAUGA